UUAACUUUGACUUUGUCUCAACUGUUUCUGAUCGAGUAAAGUUAAACUGGAUAAGUAAAUCGUUUUAUCAAUCUUUUAAUUUGGUAUUAUGACUCAGAUCGAAAGUGCUGAUCAAAUCGAGUUAAUUAAUCGCUCAUCAAGUUAUACUGUGUCAAAAUCUUUGAUUUGUGCAAAAAUUCCAUUUUUUAAUGAAUUGUGUUCUUCUCAAGGAGGAGAGAAAUUCCAGGUUAAUCUGAACGAGUCCAGUUUGGAAUCAGUAAUUAAUUGGGUGCAUUCAGAUUGCAUUGUCAUUAAUAUGAACAACGUGUUACAGUUGUAUGAAGCUGCUGACGAUCUGCAAAUUGCAUCUAUAAAAAGUUUGUGUCAAUUGUUUUUUGAUGAAAAUUUUUCAGCUAAAGAAAUUCCUGCUUUGAUUAAGCUGGUAAGAGAUGAUAACUCAUUACUGAACUUCAACAAAAUCAAUUCCUUUUUGAGUAGAAAUUUUUUGAGACUCAUAAACGGUGAAUAUUUUUUAGAAUUUCCGUUGGAAGUUGUCAAAUACAUUCUAUCUUUGGAUACAUGUGUUGAAACUGAAUACAGUGUUUUUCAAGCCAUCCUUAAAUGGAUUAAACAUGAUAAAUUGCGUGGUGUUCAUCUUCAGGAGCUGAUGAAAUGUAUCAGAUGGUGUCACACAUUUAAAGACUGUUAUGUGCAUAUUAAAGAAGAUGAAUUCAUCGUCAAAAACCUUCCACAACUUGAUGAAUUAGCAUGUGAACCCGGUGAAUGUCGAAAUUCAUGUUUUAAUAAACGAGUCAAAGAGAAAAAUUUAAUUUCUCUUCUUUAUGUGGAUGACAAUAUCAUGAGUAUGAGUUAUUACACCGGUGACAAUUGUUGGGAACCUUGCGGCACAUUCGAGAGAGAUAAUCAGAUGCCUAUUGGAGUCAUCAGCGAGGAACAUGUUGUUGAUGUUAUAUUUAAUUCUGGCCGAACCGGGAUAAGAAUUGAUCUUGUUGGAAAAAAAUAUCGUUGGCUAGAAAUGUCUGGAUCUUCAAGUGCUUAUUAUAAUCAACUUUACGAUUGUUUUAAGCCAAAAUUUGAUAGAGAAAGUUCCUACAGAGCCUACAUCCAAGAUGGCGUCAAGAAAAUUGAUCACUGGGUUGAUCUGGAAAAGAACACUUUGAUUGAAAACAAAGGAGUGAUGAACAUCAUUUGUUACCCACGAAAGGAUGAAAAAUUAUAUUGUUUCUUGCCUGUCGAACAUGUUGAUUGGUAUAAACACAAGUUCGCCGAUCAUCGCGUUCAUGCAGUUAUCUUAAAUGAUGCUUGUUAUAUCAUCACUAAAUCAUUGACUUUCCGUAUCUUCGAUAUGGUCAAGAAAACUAUCGAGAAGAGUAAACCUUUUGACGGCAUGAAUUAUACUUUUGAAGAUUUGCAGCUUGACUCGCAUGAAGCAAAUGUGAUACUCUUGAUAAAAUCUCAAAAGAAAGUAAUGAUGUUCGAUACUCGCAAGAAAGAGUGGACAUCAAUGGGUCAGAUUUUUUCUAGAUAUGAAAUUAUGGCUUUGGUUUCAACUGAUAUUCCCGUUCAGUUUAUUAAAAAGUUGUAUUCAAAAAAGCGAGUAAAGUAAAAUUGAGUUUAUCAUCAAAUGUUGUAUGUUAAUUUCACCAUUCAUGAAUCAUAUUUUAUUCCGUACUGUAUGCUAUUCCAAAAUAAAGUAUUGAAAACUGAGAUAA